AUGGCAAAAUCACUAAGAGCUAGUAGUCAUUUGAAUGCUAAAUCUGUUAAGAGGCAAGCAGUAUUCCAGAAGAUAGUUGAUGCCAGGGAAAGUCGUAUAGCAGAAAAGCUUAAGAAUGAACUAAUACAGCAAAAGUUGAAGGAACUAAGAGAAAAGGAAGGUGAAGAUGCCAUCAUUGAUGAAGACGCCAUCAUCGCUGAGAUUGAAAACAAGCCCAAGAAGGAUGCUGCUGAAAAGGUUAGUACCUCAGGCUGGAGAGAUGCCAGACACCACCUUUACAAGAAGGCUAAGAAAAUCAAGAAGUCAAAGAAGAAGGGCUCAUUUACCAGAUUCUGA